GGAUAAAAUGUCUAAUGUAUAUGCAAUGUAAAGUAUGAAUCUGAACGAAAGACACAGUUGCUACCACUUACCAUAAACUCCACCUCUACUUUUUUCUUCAUCGACUUUCUCACCAUGGCCGAAUCAUUUGUGUUUGAUAUUGCUGAUUCACUGCUUGGAAAACUUGCUUCUUAUAUUUGUGAAGAAGCUGCUCAAGCUUAUGGUGUUUAUGAAGAUCUCCAAGGGAUCAAAGACACUCUAUCCAUUGUGAGAGGUCUUCUCUUGGAUGCUGAGGACAAGAAGGACCAUAAACAUGGGUUACGUGAAUGGCUGAGGCAGCUUCAUAACAUCUGCUCUGACGCUGAAGAUGUAUUGGAUGGAUUUGAGUUGCAACACAAGAAAAAGCAAGUUGUGGAAGCUUCUGGAAGUACAAAGAUGAAGGUACGCCACUUCUUUUCUUCCUCUAAUCCAGUUGUUUUCCGUCCUAAGAUGGCGCAUCUACUCAAAAGAAUAAGAGAUAGAUUGUAUAAGGUAGCAUCUGAUGGGAACAAGUUUGGUCUUGCAACAAUAAGUAUUGAUCAUGGACUUGUUGUUCCAAGGAGAGAAACCACUCAUUCCUAUAUUGAUGCUUUGGAUGUUAUAGGAAGGGAGAACGAUAGGGAAGAAAUUAUCAAGCUUUUAAUGCAACCUCAUCCUCGAGGUGACGGUGAUGGUGAUCAAAGUUUGUGUGUUAUUCCCAUAGUGGGAAUUGGAGGAUUGGGGAAGACCACACUUGCUAAGUUGGUAUUCAAUGAUAAGAGAAUGGAUGAACUUUUCCAAUUGAAGAUAUGGGUGUGUGUCUCUAAUGAUUUUGACAUCAGGCAGCUAAUAAUAAAAGUCAUUAACUCAGCUUAUGCUUCAGCUUCAGUUCCUACGGCCGCGGCUAUUGCUCCCCAAGAAAAUAUUAACAACUUUGAUAUUGAGCAACUACAAAUACGUCUUCGAUAUAAGCUUUCUCGUCAAAAGUUUUUGCUUGUAUUGGAUGAUAUAUGGAAUGAAGAUCGUGCAGAAUGGAUUAAAUUCAAAGACUUAAUAAAAGUUGGUGCACCAGGAAGCAAAAUCAUAGCAACAACUCGUAGUAGCUCAAUUGCUUCAAUGAUGAGUACGUUACCCUCUUAUGUCUUAGGAGGUCUUUCUCAAGAGAAUUGUUUAUCUCUUUUUGUCAAAUGGGCAUUUAAAGAUGGUGAAGAAGAAAAAUAUCCAAAUUUAGUUGAGAUCGGAAAAGAAGUUGUGAAAAAAUGCAAAGGGGUUCCACUAGCCGUGACAACGCUAGGAAGUUCUUUGUUCUCAAAAUAUGAUUUAAAUAAGUGGAGAUUUGUUAGAGACUCAGAGUUAUGGAAUUUAAAACAAAACAAAAAUGAAAUUUUACCUGCACUUAAAUUAAGCUAUGAUCAAAUGCCAUUUAAUUUGAGGCAUUGUUUCACAUACUUUUCACUUUAUCCAAAAGAUUUUGGCUUCACUAGUGUUCAAAUCACUAAACUCUGGGUAGCACUGGGAUUAAUACAAUCACAAGAUGGAAAUCAAAGUCUCGAGAGUAUUGCAAGAGAUUAUAUCGAUGAACUACAUUCAAGGUCGUUUCUUCAAGAUUUUGAGGACUUUGGGCACUUCUACUAUUUCAAAGUACAUGAUUUGGUGCAUGAUCUUGCAUUGUAUGUUGCGAAAGAUGAGUGUGUAGCAGUUGACUCGCAUACUCGGAAUAUAUCUCAGCAAGUAAGGCAUUUCUCAAUUGUUGAUAAUGGUUCACUUGACAGUGCUUUAUUCCCCAAAUCCAAAAGUGUGAGAACUGUAUUAUUUCCUAUUGGAGGAGUUGGUCUUGAAAGUGAAUCAAUGUUGGAUACAUGGAUAUCAAGAUACAAAUACUUACGGAUUUUAGAUUUAAGUGAUUCUUCGUUCCAUAAGCUACCUGAUUCAAUUUCAAAAUUGGAGCAUCUGUGUGUUCUUAACCUUUCUAAUAAUUGCAAAAUCACACGACUUCCCUAUUCUAUUUGUAAACUCCAAAGUUUGCAAGUUUUGUCACUCAGUGGUUGCUUGAAGCUUGAAAAACUACCUACAGAAUUAGGAAAGCUGAUCAACCUUCGACAACUGUACAUAACUACAAAACAGUCUGUUAUUCCGCAUAAUAUAUUUGCAAACUUGACUAAUCUUCAAACUUUAAGUUUUGAAUAUUGUGACUCUCUGGAGUUCUUGUUCAAUGGAGUGCAAUUCACUUCUCUUGAAACAUUGAUAGUUCGUUGCUGCGGAAGAUUAAAAUCCUUACCUUUUUAUAUUCUCCCUAAACUGGAGGCUCUGUUAGUCAUUGGUUGUGAGAAUUUAGACCUCAGUCUAUCAGAGAAUCACACUCUUGAAAAUCCAAUGGAAAGAUGGAGAAUGACUUUUCUUUAUCUUGAGAAUGAAUGCCUAUGGACCUUGCCUGAAUGGAUUGAAGGUGUGGUAGAGACUUUACAGACCUUGAUAAUUAUAAAUCUUCCUAUGCUUCAGAGGCUUCCCGAGUGUUUGGCAAGAAUGGCUCAUCUUAAAAUGCUCUAUAUUGCCGAAUGUAUUGUACUGGCUCAUUUCCCAGUUGGAAUAAAACACCUAACUUCCCUUGUAGCUUUGACCAUACACAAUUGUCCUAUAUUGGGUGGAGAAUGCCAUCCACAUUCUGGUCAGUACUGGCCCGUGAUUUCUCACAUCAAACGUGUUUCCAUUGGAUUAGGAACCUCAUGAGAGAGGGAUCACUCAUUAUGUUCCACCGUAACUUAGUGUAACUACAGGCACCUCCCCAUGCAGAAGUGAUUUUAAUGUGAGAGAGCAGGAUGCUUAGGGAAUACAUGUGUGAUUUCAGGUCCAGUAUGAGAGAGCAUGCCAGUGUUGGAGAAGAUAAACGGCAGAAGAAAGCUUUAGAUUCUUAGGAUUCAGUAAUAGGAAUAAAAAAUAAUUGUUUCCAUGGUCAGUAUGUUAGACAUGUAGUCGAGUAAAAUGUAAUGCUUAUUAAGUGUUACAUUCCAUUCCUUUAUUUAUAAUAUAUACUCAAGCAGUUAUAAGAAAA